AUGGCGAAUGAGGGGUCAGGCGGCCUGGGCCUGCCUCAAUCUGCUGCUGCAGCAGCAGCAGCUGCCGCAGCAGCACCUGCAGCAGCAGCAGAUGAAAAUCCUGUACCCGCCGGAGGAGCUGCAGGAGCUGCAGCAGCCACGCUAAAGGCAGCAGCAGCUACCACUGCAGUUGCUGCUGCAGUGACUGCAGCAGCCACUGCAGCAGAUAUAGCCUUUAGAUCCCAAAAUAGCAGCAGCAGCAGCAGCAACAGCAGCAGCAGCAGCAGCACGAACGGUGUUUCCGUCGUUCCUGAUGAUAUUGGUGGGAGCGAUCCGGAGAGCAACGGCAGCAGCAAGAGCAACAACAACAACCACAGCGGCAGCAGCAGCAGCAGCAGCAGCAGCAGCAGCAGCAGCAGCAGCAACAGCAACAGCAACAACAACGACAGCAACAGCAACAACCCGCCCCCGCAUCACCACCACCACCACCACCACCACCAAUCCAGCAGCAGCAGCAGCAGCAGCAGCAGCAGCAGCAGGGUGAAGGGUGGAGGAGGUGGGGGCCUUGCUUUGUGCAGCAGCGACCCUGACAGCAGCAGCAGAGAACGAGUGCUGGAGUGUCUCUCGAACUGUCUUAUAAGCGAAAUAUCUCCGCCUUGCUGCAAACAAAUAAUUGUUGAGAGGAGGCUUCAGAUACACACAGCGUUUACUGCUCUUGGACAAUUUGGCUGCACUUCUCUGCUCUGCUGCCACAUACUGCCCCCAGAUCCAGACCAGCAGCAGCAGCAGCAGCAGCAGCAACAGUCGGCGCUAAGAAAGGACGGGGUUGCAAACGACAGCGACUCGUGCUCGAGCAGCACAGCUGGAAGCACUAGCAGCAGCAAUAGCAGCAGCAAUAGCAGCAGCAAUAGCAGCAGCAAUAGCAGCAGCAGCACUAGCAGCAGCAGCAGCAGCAGCAGCAGCAGCCAGGCUGAGUCUUCAUGUUGUGGGGGCCCAGGGCAAGUUCGCUGCUGCAGCUGCCGCGGGGUUUGGGUGUAUUCGGAGACAAAAAGAAAAUUCAUAGGUCGUCUCGAUGCAAUUCAUUUGGCACGCUUCUUGCUGCACUGGCAACGCUGGCUCCGCAGCAGCAGCAGCAGCAGCAGCAGCAGCAGCAGCAGCAGCAGCAGUAACAGCGGGAGCAGCAGCAGCGGCGGCGGCACAGCAGCAGCUGCGAAGGCGUCUCGACACACAGAUGAUGCAGGCGAAGAUGAAACGACAAUAAACGGCAGCAGCAGCAACAGCUGCAACAGCAGCAACGGUAGCAAUAGAAGCAGCAGCAAUGGCGAUGAUACUAGCAGCAGCAGCAGCAACAACAGCAGCAGCAGCAGCACGGAGCAGCAAGACGACAUUCCUUGUGAUGCAAUCGGUGCUUUAGAUAGUGAAGACGCAGCCUGCCCCUGGUCCCUUUCUCUGGAUGCUCUUCGCAAUAUUUGCGGAGGUUCUCUAGAAGGGAUUCAGCGGGUGCUUCCUGACUGUGACUGCGCUACGGCCCUCCUACAGCUCCUCGAUAGCGGGAGAGCCCCUUUGGCUCUCGUCUCUGCCUACGCUUUCCUUGUUCACCUAGUCAGAGAGGUAAGCAGCAGCAGCAGCAGCAGCAGCAGCAGAAGCAGCAGCAGCAGGAGCAGCAGCUGA